UUCAUCUUAAUUUGUUCACUGUGAAUUCUACACAUAUAUAGUUUUGAAAAACAUCUACAGUUAACGUAAUUUUUAUAAAGUUCCUAAUGCUUCGCUAGCUUUCGGCGUUUAGACCGUUGUGGUAUUUGGUAUUUUCAAGUAAAGCCGAUUUCACGGCUAGUAUUAGAUAAGUAAACCCCCAAAUAAUAGCAGAGUCGAUCAAGAAAUAAGGAGUGUGAUUUGAAUUUAAAGUUAUCUGAGAAAUAAACAGAAUGGACACAUUUGAAGGACAGUGAAUACAAUCUUUAUUUAGACUUAUCAAGAAAAAAACAACAACAACAAAACAAUGCGGGUUCCUGCAUACAGAAGUGGACAAUUUUACUGGAUUAGUGAAUAGCUCGUUAACUUUAUGCUCCUUAAGAUGAAAUCCUGCCAAACUAAUGAUAAUGAAAAACAGGCAGAACUGACCAAAAACAGCGCUUCUGAAGUCCACAGUUAAACUCUCUUGGUCCAAUCGUUUCCUCACAGCAUUGGUCGACUGGUACAUGUAGUCAACGUCAUACAUACCCGGCCGGCAAAUGAUAUUAUAGUGCCAAUCCUUUCAACCCGGAUGCUACAGCAAUAUUAUAUCCUAUCAGCCAGAAUAGACACUUUCUACUAUGGAGAUCAAAGAAACAAAGCACUGUUAAUAACUUUCUGGACUAUAUGUUUUCACCAUUACAAAACGGAAAAAAAAGCUAGAAUCUAGCUAACAUUACUGAAGGUUGUCAGAAUGCAGAAUGAACAAGAGGAUCAAACUUGUAAACACUUGAAGCUUGAUGAAGCAUGCUUGACCAUCCAAUCAACAGCUAGUCGUGCAUUACAACUUUGGACUCAAAGCUCAGAAUGUGAAGGAUGCCCUGGUUUAUUCCAGAAAGAAAUUUCUCCCAGAAACAAUUUCACAUUAAAAGUAAAUACUUCUACAGAAACUAAUUUAACUGUUAUUGAAGAUACUUCUGCAGGUGUGUUUUGCAGCCAAAUGUACAACUUUGAAGAAUAUGGAAAUUACUUAAUGGUAGUUGAAGAAAACAAGCAAGAAAGUGAAAGAUGUUUAAUUAUGACCACAAAGGAACCUGUCAAUACCUGUAUUCCUAUCAUAGCAGCAGUAGUUGUUUACUUAGGGUUGGCACUAAUUUGGAUUGUAGGAAAAUGUCUUUACAG